UGUAAGCAUUGGAAUUAUCAUACUUUCUCAAACAGGAGCAACAAGAAAAGAUGAAGACAGAUAGGAAAUUACUCGUACUUAUAUUUGUUUCUUUAUUAGUAAGGAAUAAUUUUGUAGCAUCGAGCAUACCGAUUAGAUAUAAUAUGCGGAGAAAUUACGCCGACUUGAAAAUAUAGACAAGCACAUGAUAUAUAUAGGUAGGUACCUACCUACUCAAACGCUCGUAACAUCAUAUUAUGGCAAUAAAGCUGAACAGCGAUCGAAAGAGAGAGAAUAUAAUUUAUCGGUACAUUCACAAAGAUCAAGUGUACAUAAUACUACAUCGCUCAAGUGCUAGCAAUAUGUAUCUUAUCUUCUGUACACUCAGAAUUGUAGAAUGAACGCAGAACAGAGCUACUCGAAACGAAAAAUAAAUUUCAGUUACGUCGGUAUAUUCAUUCGUUUCUUUUCUUAAAAAAGUGAAAAAGUGAACCCAAAACGAAAAUGUGGGUGUUCGUGGUUCAGGUAUUGCUUAGUUUAACACUUUUAAUAAUUUACUUUGGCCUGAAAUAUCAUUACAAUCACUGGAAGCGUAAACAGAUUCCAUAUGUGGCUUCUAAUGUACUCGAUCUUGAUUGGUAUAAUUUACCAGAGGUCAAAUACUACUCGCAGAUUUAUCAUCGCUUGGAAGGUCAUAAAUUUGGAGGAUUUUAUCAUAAAUUUGUUCCCAAGUUGAUGGUUCGCGAUCCGGAACUCGUUAAGCGUAUUUUAAUCAAAGAUUUCGAUUACUUUUAUAAACGUGGAGGCUCGGUGAUUUAUGAUGAAAAGGAACCUCUCACUAUGCAUUUGUUUGACGCUUAUGGACCAUUUUGGAAAAAACUAAGAAUCAAAUUAACACCAACUUUCACUUCCGGAAAGAUGAAAUACAUGUUCAGUUUGGUGGAAGAAUGUGCCAAAGAGUUGAACGAAAAAAUGGAAGAACAAACUAGAAUCGACGACGCAAUUGACGUGAAAGAGUACACUCUUCGAUACACCAUCGAAGUAAUAUCUUCGUGCGCUUUCGGCCUGAAAGCUCGUACUAUUCAAGAUGGCAGCUCGAUAUUCAGAUCAAUGGCCUUGAGCAUUUUUGAUAGCAGUUUACCAAAAAGACUAUUAGCGAAUAUCGCCGCAGUAUUCCCUUGGGUGAAAAAAAUUCUCGGAUUAUAUUUAUCCGACAAAUUGGCAAUAGACUUUUUUUAUAAACUCACUAAAGAUUUGGUUCAGUAUCGCAGAAAUAAUUCCGUAAGCAGAAAUGACUUUUUCCAGUUGUUACUCAAUAUGAGAGAUGAUGAUCAACAAGAAGGUCAGAAGAAAGGUGGAGAUAACUUAGCAAUGACCGAUGAACUCAUGGCAGCGCAGUGCUUCCUAUUCUUUAUCGCUGGGUUUGAUACGUCCAAUCUCGUACUGAGUGGAGCUUUAUUCGAACUGGCUCUCCAGACAGACAUACAGAAAAAACUUCAAGACGAAAUCGACGAGUUCUUGCAAAAAUACGAUGAUGAAAUUACCUACGAAAUGGUCAAAAGCAUGCCAUAUUUGAAUCUAGUGGUUUCAGAAGCGUUGAGGAAAUUCCCAGUAUUCGGAGGUUUGAGUAGAACCUGCGUUAGAGAUUAUCAAAUACCAAAUACCGAAGUGGUAAUCGAAAAGGGUACCGAAGUGUAUAUUCCUAUUGCCGGGUUACAUUCAGAUCCUCUGUAUUUUCCGAAUCCUGAGCUAUUCGAUCCAGAUCGAUUCAAAGAUUUUGAAAGUUAUCCCGGUCGCGAUGCGUAUCUGCCCUUUGGAGAUGGUCCUAAGAAUUGUAUCGGAUCAAGAUUUGGACAAAUGACUGUUAAAUUGGCUUUGGUAUAUUUGCUUCGGGAUUUCAAUUUCGAACCGUGCUCGAUGACCCGGAUUCCUUUAGAAUAUAAACCUUUCAGAGUUGUAACCUCGGUUAAUCACGAGAUAUUUUUAAAAUGUAGUAAAAGAUGAAUACUC